AUGCUGCGGUCGACGCGCGCGAGUAGCCUCUACGCGGGCCUCGCGCCGUCGCUCGUCGCCGUCGUGCCCACGGCGCUCGUCUACAUGCCGACGUACGAGGCCGCGUCCGCGGGUCUGCGGGGCGCCUCGUGCCCCGGGCCGCUCGUCGCCCCUUUAAGCGGCGUGCUCACGGGCGUCGUCUGCGCGUCCGUGCGCGUGCCCUGCUCCGUCGUCAAGACGCGCGUCCAGGCGGGCCUGAGCCCGUCGGCGACCGCCGCGGUCCGCCAGAUCGUCCGCGGCGGGGGAUUGGCGGCGCUCUACAUGGGCUUCGGCGCGACGGUGGCGCUCGACGUCGCCGUCGCCGUCGUCCAGUUCAGCGUGUUGGACGCGGGCCGCCGCUACUCGUCGCUGAGCCACGCGGCGCUCGGGUCCCUCGCGGCCUGCCUCGCGACGGCCGCGACGGAGCCCAUCGACGUCGUCCGCACGCGCAUCAUGGCCCAGCUCCGGGCGUCCGAGGGCAAGGAGGCCAAGGGCGCCGACUUCAACUACCGGAGCCUCGCCGACGGCCUCGCCAAGGCCGCGCGGACCGAGGGGCCGGGCGCGCUCUACCGCGGCCUCCUGCCGCGGCUCGUGCUCAAGAGCCUCGGCGGCGCGAUCUGGCACGGUUCGCCGCGUCCCACGUUCUUUCGCCGGGCGGUGACCGAAAUCGCCACAGGUACUCGACCUACAUGA